GAGAAGGAGCAAGAUGGCUUCUGGCAGGAGGACUGGAACAUGGAAGCCGAUUCAGAUGCGGAAAUGUGGUCGGACGAGGAGGAAGCAGCCGCCGCCGGUGCCGGCCUGGGCUUCGCCGCGGAGGAUCCUGACUCCGAUGAGCAGGAGCUCAGCGAUGACAACGGUGCAAGUUCUUCAUCGGAGACGUCUGAGAGCAGCGCAAGCGAUUCCGAUUGA